GGUUAUUCUUCAUCACCGCAGUAACUACAGCACAGAGCAACUGUAUACGACUGUAAAUUCACCUGUCCGACCAGCGCGCCUCAUAACUCUAAAUACCUAUCAAUAUUACUACUAACCUUAGUACACCGAAGUAACCAUAAAAUUGCUUCUCUCGUUACUAAACAAUUGGCCAUAGGGAGGCAAAUAAAUGAGUCAAACGUCCGCCUCUUUAAAAUGAAAACCAUUUGGCAUCCCUCUCAUUCCUUACAAAAACUCCCUUCGCGACCUCUUCCCCAUUUUCAGGAACGAACCUGAGUUCGACGACGAUUCCGGUGGUGAUACAUUUGACGAUAUCUUUGAGAUUAUCUCGGAUAUGCACAGCUCCCAGGACUCGGUAUCAUCGCUGUUGCCUCCACCUGCCAUCCAUAACCGGUCUUCGCAAUAUUCUGAAUCAAUAGACACGAGCAGACAUGACGAUGAAGGUCAUACUUCAGCUAUGGUGAGGCUGAGAAAACAUUUGUUUGCAGAAGUUGAUGAAGACCGGUGCGCGGCGCCUUUGUCUGUAUAUUGCUUCAUGACUGGUUUCAUCGACUCGAUUACAUUCUCUGCUAUAUUUGUCUGGUGCGCCUUCCAAACGGGAAACAGUAUGCAACUUGCCCUUGCCGUUGCUCGCCUGGUCAACGGGCAGCACGACUACUCGUUCCACAUAGCGGACCGUCAAGCGCUGUGCUCAGUACUUGCGUUCCUUUCCGGCGCCUUCAUCGGCCGUAUCGGCGAUAAUUUAGGAUGCAAGACACGGUUGUGGUUGUCCCUCGGCACAUUCAUUCAAACCCUCUUUACAAUGGCCGCCGCUGUGUUGAUGUGGAAGAGCGACGAGCUUAGCGUUGCUGAUGUACGCGCCGACCCCGUAUGGACUAACGCGUUGUCCUUCGUGUGCAUUGGCUUCUUGAGCGCGAGCAUGGGCUUGCAGGCCAUUAUGGGGAGGCGUGUCAAUACUGAAUUCACUACUACGGGUAUGUUUCAACCAUAUUUCUAUUUUUUCCUACUCUCUCAUUUCUCUGCAGUUGUGCUCACAACGACUUGGUGUGAACUAAUGGCUGACCCUAAGCUCUUUCACAUCCGACGAAUUGUUAUUUCGCGCGAUCACAAGAUCAUGGCUAUUGCCAGCUUGUUCUUGGGAGGCUUCAUCGGCCGUGUAUUGAUCGACAGUAUUGGUUCGGCUGCCACGCUCGGCAUCGGCACAGGCAUCCGUUUGAUUAUCAGCAUAUGGUGGCUUUUCAUCCCGGAGAUGCAGGCC